AUCUUCGUUGCCUCUGCCUUUGGUGCAUGUCGACUGUGAGAUGGUCUGGGGGUUUUUUCUUUCCUUUCUUUUUGCCUCCCCCCCAUGACGCCGGCUAAACCUUGAUAAUCCGUGACCCGCCCUUCCGGUCCUUUGUUCCCUUUCGCUCACCGGUAAUCCGACACCGAACGUUUGCCCCUCUUCCACCCAUCGCAUGUCCACACGCCGCCGUUUCGCUGGGGGCGGGCACAACACAUCAUCCGCCGUGGGGACCAAGAGGAGCCGAACCGAGUCGAGUCGAAACGGGCCAAAUGAGACCGGCAGCGCAUCCGCUGCCGCCAUCGAGCAGCCUCCCGCCCUUGCGGACCUUGGACCGGCUCUCUGAAGCCGACGUCACGUCUGCCCUGCACAGCCUAUCCAUGAUUUACUGCUCGUUGCCCGUUUCGGUUGCCUUCCAGCUCACACCCGAAACACAGAAGCCCGCUCAUCAUGACAAGUCGCCCCUAGCUGACUCGGGUUAUGUAUCCGAGACGGACGAUGAGCACGAAGAGAUCGACGGUCUCGACCAUCACUUGGCUGCCCUCAAAGUUGAUGCGUUCGAGCGUAGCUUCGCGGAGCGCUGGUUGACGGGCUUCAUUGCUCGAGCCGAGACCCUUCCUUGCUUCGAGUCCGACGAGGCAUGCCAGCGCGCCCUUGACCAGGCUUCCUGUGUGCUCGAGUCUUUUUUCGCUGCUCCAAAAGACGACGACCAGAACGGCCAGAACCAGGAUUAUGCGCGCGAAUUCGCCUUUGACCUCGUUCUUCCGGGUUCCGACACGUCGCGGGCCAGCGUUCCUGUCACAGUGCGACUCAACGAUCGGUUGGCGGGCACAAACUCUGCGGACCCCGACGACGUCGGUCUCCAAAGCUGGGGCGCCUCGAUCCUCUUCUCGGAGAUCAUGUGUGCUUCGCCCGCGUGCUUCGGCUUGGCGCAGCCGGGACUCGGCCCCUCGCCUCGCAUUGUCGAAUUAGGCGCAGGUACCGGACUUGUCAGCCUGGUGCUUGGGGGUAUGCUGCCGUACCUGGGGGCCACAAGUCCGACCAUUGUCGCGACCGAUUAUCACCAGGCUGUGCUCGAGAACCUACGAUCCAACGUUUUGCUCAAUUUUCCAGUUUCCGAGGUGAAACACGUGCAAGCUGCAGCUCUUGACUGGUCUGCGCCUGUGUUGGAAGCGCCUUUGGAUGUUCCUGCCGACAUCAUCAUUGCGACAGACGUCAUCUACGCUCCUGAGCAUGCGGUGUGGUUGCGCGACUGCGCGGCUCACUUGCUGGCAACAAAUGGUGUCUUUUGGCUGAUGGUAACUGUUCGUCGGAACGGCCGCUUCAACGGCGUCAGCGACAGCGUGGAGGCCGCGUUCUUGGCAACCCAGGAUCCCGCACGGGCAGACGGACAAAGGCUCACGAUUGUUCAUUCUGAGGAACUAGAGAAGCGCACGGGUGUCGGGCGUGGUGACGAGAGUGGAUACAGGCUUCUGGAGAUCCGUUGGGCAUGAUGGGGCGUUUAAUGGGCAUUAGACAAAAGACAUAGACAUGGGGAUUCAUGGCAUCAGAUUAGCAUUAGGUACGAGACACGACGGUAGAAUAUACCUAGAUUAGAGUAGAUUAUAGACAACAUAGAGGCGACGUAGAUUAGUUACAUACACCGGCAAAAGGUACAAUGCAACU